AUGCUAUAUUCCUAUCAAUCGAUAAUAUGGCUCGAGCUCUUUUCUCUGAGAAUUAAAGAAGUUCUUAUCACAUAUGAUCUAAUAGAAAGUGUCUUUGUCAUGACAAUCAUUAGAAUGGCGAAUGAUUCAAAGAAGAAGGAAAUGAACCCAAUUACUGGACAAACCCCAAAAAUUGAGAGGCCGUUACUAGUCCUUUUGGUCUUUAUUAUCGAUGGAUUUCUCAGAAAACAGUUUCGUGGCGCGACAGUGCAUUUAACCGGAGCGUAUCAUCUGAAGGUGAAUCUGGCACAUCAUUGCCACACUUUUACAAGUUAUCUUGAUUUGAGUACACCCGAAAGACUGACACUUAAUGACCAGAAUAUACAUAUUGACAAAGCCUUUAAAAAUAUAGAGGGUCAAAGUUAA